AUGUAUCGGUUGGUGGAAGAACAGAAUAACACCAAACAGUCGAUCUUUGUGAAACGACAACACCAGCAACUCAAUAGUGAGAAGUUCUUUGCAUCCGAAGUUGCUGCUGCUUGUGGUGGAGGAGGCCGACGAGCAUCCACCGGAGGAGUGCAUUCUCCUCCACGGCUCCUCCCUUACGACGAGUUGGAGAUGGACGAACGACACCGUCAAGAAGAGAAACUUAGAAUUCGGAGCAAACUCUCCGGAGAGUAUCCUCCUUCCCCGCGUCAACACGAAUCGGAACUGGAUUCCAGUAGUCAAUCCGUCAAUAGCAGCUGUACUGUUAGCAAUAGUGGAAGACGACGGACCAUUGCUCAUUUGGAAAUGCCACAACAACAACAACAACCCACGGGGGGCUUGCCCCCACCGCAUCCUCCUCCACCCGGUCGACGACGCAAAUCGAAACCUUGGCAAACCGAUGUCAUAUUGAAUCGAUUCAGUGGCACAACUGGUAGUGGAGCAGCCACCACCACCAAUUCUUCGGGAACAGGCCAGGGACGCAAUUUGACGGGAUCCAGUAGUACUCAAAAGUCCACGUGGGGAUGGAAGCAACGCAUGCAAGAACGAAAGGCCGUCUUUGGGAAUGUCGCCGUGCCGGAACAAAGUUUUGACGAUGAGGAUGCGUUGGUGGAGGAAGAUGAUGACAUGUCGUCCAAAGGAGGACAGAAUGAGCAAGCCAUUCGAGAAGAAGCCGUAGAGUUGCUCCGAUCCAAAGGAUUUCACAAUUUUCAGGGAAUUCUCCAACAACAGUAUGAUGAUGAUUUGGAAUCGGUGGGUGGAUCGGUGAGAGCAGCGGGCGCUUCCUCACCCACAUUCCUCAGUCCAUUGGCCAGUCCGACUCCCGUCUCCAGUGCCAUCAAACAGCACAAGCUGCGACUGGAGGAAAUCAAGUCGUUGAGAGAAAAGAUUCUACGACAUCAAGAGAUGGAACGAAUGGAUAGCACCGAUAGUAUGCCGGAUGUCAACGCGAAUGUUGCUGCUGCUGCUGACACUGGUGCUACAGGCGGUGAAGAGAAGCAGGGCGAGGAGGAGGAAGGAGAACCACAACAACCACCAAAUGAUCAGCCGACGCCUCCACCGUGCGAGCCAUCAAACUCCACCACGGCAACAACCGACCCCGUGCAACCGGAGCAACUCAAUGUGGACACCACCGUCACUACUAGUAGAUCGUCGGCCAUGUAUGACGACAACCUGGAUGCCGUCAAAGCAUGGAAGGUGAUCAAAGAACUCAAGGUGCGCUUACUAGAUGUCGAAACGGAUGAUUAUUACAUCUUGGAAACCAUUGGACGAAAGGGACUCGACUCGCCAUCCUGCGCCAAGAUUGUCUUUGACGAAACUGCCUUUGAUAGACACAAGUUGAGAGAUGCCGUCGAAAAACGAGUCUCGCUGGUGUUCACGGGAGACCAUAAAAUUGUCAUUAAUGGAGUGGUGCAGGGCCGGGAAGAUGAUGAUGAGGAAGGACAAGAUGAAUAUCAAGAGAGCGAGGGCAGUGACGCGGCGCAACAGAACGAAGACGAGGAGAAGGAGCAAGAGAAGCUUCCCGAUAUCCGGUCGCCAGAACUCCGAGAACGCCUCUCGGGUAGUUUCUUGGCAUUUGAAGCUCUUUUACAAGCCCGCAAACAAGCAGCAUUGGCUGAUGAUGAUUGGACCGAGUGCUCCAUGUCGGUGGUCGAAACACCAAGUGCACGGAACGCCCCUGGAAUGAUUCCCAGCAUGAAAUUCGAAACUCCAGUAGGUGACGCCGAUGAUCAGUCUUGUUGGACAGAAUACACGCUCGAUGUCGAUGAUGAUGAUGAUGACGACAAUCAAGCCGGAGAACAAGACAAUCGUCGUCUCAGCGUGGACACGGCCCACAGCCAGGCCACCGCUCCUACAAGGGAGCAGAGUGGUUGUCAAACAGACAUGCCCCGAACCGUCAAGCGGAGCAAUACGCAAAAGGCUAGUAGCAACUCCAACAACGAGUGGGAUGAGUACACAUUUGCCGAAGUCACUGUCCAGGACGAACCAACAGCGGCGUUGGCGCCCUUUCGUUUGCCCGGUCAAGCGCAAAUGCCAGUACAAUCAAGACGACAAGACCAGGAUGACCAAAGCUAUAUGGAACUUACUGUUCGUGGAGAUGACACACCAUUCUCACCUUUGCAACCUGGCGUUGGCGCCGAUGACCAAAGCUACAUGGAGAUGACAGUCCAUGAAUCACCGCCCACUCGUCAGCCACUACAGAGAAGAGGAGGAGGCGAUGACGAGAAGAGUUACAUGGAAGUGACGAUACAGGAUGGACAGCCCAAUUUCAAGGAAAUGGUUUCGCCAGAUUUGACUUCGCCACACCUUUCCAGCAUGCUUAGCAGUCGCAUGUUUGCAGAUAUGGAGCUUCCCAAUGAGUUACGACACCAACAGCCACAACAACGAUCGAUUGAUGAGCAGAAUCACGACAGCUACCCGACCAUCACUAUCGGGCACGAUGACGAUGAAUUGACGCAGAUCACAUUUGACAACACAAUGAUGGACGUGGGCAGUGCCUCUCAAGAUCAUCAUCAUCAUGCUGUCCAUUACCUCGACAGCAGUACCAAGACGAAGGAAUCCUACCGAACAGCGACAACCGUUGCAGAUGCUCCUGACCUGCCUUCGAUUGUUGGCAGCCAGCACACGGAUAUAACCAGAGACACGACAGUGAGUGACGAUGGAUCUUCACAUCAAGAUGGCGCCUCCUUCAAGUCCUGCGUAUCGUCGGAAUCAUCUCAGUUUGUGGCUGAGCUGUUGCGCCGUGACAUUUGGAGUCCUGAUUCGGCUGUCGUCCGGUCUGCGCUGGAAAAAUUGGAGCAGGAAGCUUCCAAGGGUGUCCACGAGCGUUCGAAUAUUGUUAAGUACGGUGGACUUUUGGCUAUCCUUCGUUCCAUGGAUAUGAAGCCGGAUCAGGCUCCCAUUCAGAUGGCUGCAUGCGCUGCCCUGGAGAAAAUGGCCAUUGACGCAACCACACAGGUAGCCAUUGGAGAAGUUGGAGGCAUUCCAGCUAUUGCUCAUGCGAUGGAACUACAUGUCGACAAUGUUCAUCUUCAGCAGACGGCAUGUCGGGCUCUCUCCGCACUGACUCGACAUCGAGACGACAACGUUGCGUCGUCGUGCAAAGAUCCUCUUCAGGCUGAAGGAGUCGUUGCCCUUGUGACUAGCUCAAUGACGAAGCACCCCGAAGACCCAGAAAUCCAGGCGCAUUCCUUUGGGGCUUUGGCAAACCUUUGUCUGGAUAACCAAGAACGACUCCGCGAAUUGAAGCAAUCGGGUGGUCUUGGAACUAUGACGAUGGCGUUGCAAGUACCAUGGGCCAACAAGACUGAUCAACACGAGGCCAUUUCCACUCUGAGCAUAUUAUUGCGAAGCUUGGCGGGUCUCGAACAACGAUAG